CAAAUAAUUUGAGCGUCCUCGUUAGCAACAUGGCAUUCUCUGGUUUCAAAAAGACGAUGGGCAAGACUACACAGUAUCUCAGUGAGAAAAUAGGGAACAAAGAAGGCUCUAAAACUGACGAGGAUUUCGUUGAGCUUGAAAGGAUAACCGACAACACGGCGAGGUGUAUGGAAAAUAUUAACAACAAAGUCAUGGACUUUCUCCAACCAAAUCCGGUAACGCGAGCCAAGCUAGCUACGCAGGCUACUUAUGCGCGAGCACGUGGCACUGCUAUAGAGACGGGAUACCCACAGACGGAGCGAACGGUCGGAGAGAUUCUUACUAAAAGUGCUGAAGAUAUCGGAACGUCCUCAUAUUAUGGUCGUGCAGUUGUGGAGCUAGGCGAGGGUUUCAUGAAGCUAGCUGAUGUCAAGGAUUCUCUGGAUUGUGAUAUUAAACAGAACUUCAUUGAUCCAAUGGAACAAACGAUAAAGACGGACUACAAAGAAAGCAUUCAGGGUCAUCGGAAGAAAAUGAACUCACGACGCCUGGACUACGACUACAAGAUCUCACAACACGAAAAAGGGCGGGUAACCGAGGAUGAACUUUACACAGCGGAGGAUAAGUUCAAUGAGAGUAUGCAGAUGUCAGAUGUGGGCAUGAAGAAGUUCGUCCAGGCUCAGGAAGAACACAUACACCAGCUACAAGCUCUAGUUGGCUUCAUCAAGAACUACCACGAGAACGCCCUGCGAAUACUUGAUGAGGUACAGAGCAACAUACAGGAGCAUGCCGCCUCAGCACAGAGCAUGCCGAAGGAAGAGGGAAGACCUGUAGCUCGUAUUUCCUCCGUUAUGGCACGUACAAGUAUCUCGAGUCCCUCGGAACCACGACCAAUGAAGCCGGCUGCUGGUCCUGCACCACCUGCUAAACCGGAAGCUGCCAGACCUGUUGCUAAAGCUAAAGCUCUGUUCGACUUUGAAGCGGAGAACCCCACGGAACUGGACUUAAAGGAGAACGACAUAGUGAUACUGAUCAAACAGAUAGAUGAUAACUGGUUUGAAGGGGAGGUUAACGGCCGCCAAGGCUUCUUCCCCACUAACUACGUGGAAGUUAUCAUCCCUUUGUAAUUGUUAUUACAAGGACUCACAUCUUUAGUAUGUAGUUUGACGACAUGUACUGUGCUAGUCUUCUUUUUUUUUGGCAGAUGAUUUGUGUAAAAUUUUAUAUUCCUUGUGUACAUUUGGGGUGUGUGGACUGUAGAAGUUUGUUACUUUAGAGGAAAUGUAGAGUGUGUAGCGCGAUGCAUUAUUCGUUGGUUUUGUGAAAAGUUUUCAGCUCACUACUAACUUAUUAAAUGAUUAUAAUUUGGCCUGCUUUAAGUUUGUAUUAUACAAUUCAUACCCUGUUAUAGCUGUGUUAAAUGUUAUGUAAUUAGACUUUAAUUACUCACAUAAUAAUAAUAUAUAAUGUUCUGUUUUGUUUAUUGCCUAAAUUUAUCUAGCAUGCGUUUAUCAAAGUAAUAAUUUAGAUUCUACAGUAUUGAUUUACGUUACUAAUACGUUAUAAUUUAAAAAUAUCCAGUUUGGUGGUUCAUCCUAUCACAGCAUGGCAUUAGUGGUACUGGUUAGUGGUGGUGGUUAGUGUGUGAAGUAACAGCUAGAUAUUAUC